CUCAGCUGCAUGUGUUCUCUCCCCGCUGCAUGCCAGGUACAGUGUGCGGGGUGUUGCAGGUACAUGCGUACUGGAGGCUUCUGACUGACAGCUGCUAACCCCACCCCUUUGUGACACACGCACACGGGUACGUGCGCACACACACAGGUGCUCGAGCACACUCAUACACAUAAGCACACACUAGAUUUAAUUACAUACCAACACACACGCUCACAUACACACACCUACAGUCUCUCUCUCACAGACACACACACACACUUUUGCCUCUCUCUUUAUGGUCCGUUAUGGGCUGGAUGGGCAGGCGUCAGCUUCCAGGGGUGGGGGGGAGCUUGUCAAAGGCCCUCAGCAGCAGCAGCAGCAGCAGCCCCAUCAGUCUCAACCCCUCCCAUCUUCCUCCUCGCCUGACGCCCAGCAUGGCUUCUCCAGACUCACCCACAAUGCACUGGGUGGGAUGGGCGGGGCCCUGCGACAGAGCCUGAGGCACUUCCUGUCCCGCAGCAGGGCACGGCAUCACUUCCCCCACCCCCCGUCCUCCUCCUCCUCCCGCUCCCACUCCGCUCCCUCGGCCUCCUCCCUCUCCCCUUCCCGCCCCUCCUCCUCCCCCUGCACCUCCUCCUCCUGCACGUCCUCCUCCUCCUGCCCCUCGGGCUCCUCCACCCCCCAGCUACCCCCACGCCAGCUGGGCCCGAGCGGCUCCUUCUCUGGCUCUGGCUCUGGUUCUGAUGCUAAGCUGCCUCCUGCAGUGCCCAAGGCGUCUCGUGGUGGAGCAUCCUCCUCCUCGGCCUCCUCAGCCUCAUCCUCAUCAGCAGCAGCAGCAGUAGGAGUAAGGUCCGCCAUGAGGAGAGGGGCCAGCGCUCCCACCCGCCGGCCCAGGCACAGGACCCCUGCGGCGGACACGGUCGACACCAUGGACGGGCCCCCACCUCCACAGCACCAUCACCAUAACCAUCACCACCACCAGCACCAUGAUCACCACCACAACCACCAGAGGGCCAGUAGUGGUGGGAGUCCACAACCACACAGCCACCGCCGCGUGGCCCCUGGGGCCCCAUCCCCUACCCCUACCCCUGGCCCAAGCUGUGGUGCCGGCCCUGGCUAUGGCUCUCUGUACGGCCCCCCUCAGCUGGCCAUCUGCUACAGGCCGCGCUCGUCCUCCGCUGACGCCAUCGCCUCCCAGGACACAACCCACUGCUCCGGGUACCAGUCUACGGAUGAGACGGAUCGGAUCGAGAGGUUGGAGGGUGGGGUGCAGGCGGCCUUGGUGGCGAGCGGGGGCGACCUGUGUGACGAUGCUCUGGACCCCCAGCGCACGCGGCAGGUCAUCGCCCAGCUGCAGCAGAAGAUCCUCAAGCUGACCGAGCAGCUGCGCAUCGAGCAGGCCGCCCGCGACGAGAAUGUGGCCGAGUACCUCAAGCUGGCCAACAACACCAGCGACAAGGGCCAGACCGUCCGCAUCAAACAGGUCUUCGAGAAGAAGAACCAGAAGUCGGCGGGCAGCAUCGCCCAGCUCCAACGGAAGCUGGAGCACUACCACCGGCGCCUGCGCGAGGCCGAGCAGGGAGGGGCGGCGGUGGGCGGCGGCCCGGGGCCCAAGGCCGUGCUGCGGGACAUGCAGCAGGGGCUGCGCGACGUGGGCGCCCGCGUCUCGGAGUUCGGCGAGGGGGUGGUGGACAGCGUGCGCGGCGGCCUCAACAGCUUCCAGCAGGCCACCCACCAGGCGGCCUCCAAGCCCCGCGAGAUCGCCACCUUGCUGCUGAAUGCCCGCCACCGCUCGGACAGCGCCGAGAACAUCCAUCAGCUGAAGGACGGCAGUAGCGGCGCGGACCUGGAGAGCAACGGUGAAGACAGCAGCAUCCUGGUUGGCAGCGGUAACGGCGGAGGAGGGGGGCGGCUGCACACCAGCCCCAGGUACGGCAGCGAGGAGGACUGCUCCAGCGGCACGUCGGGGUCGGCAGGGGCCAACAGCAUCACCGGCGGGGCCCCCGGGGGGCCGCCCAGCUCCAAGGGCAACACGCUGGAGAGGGGCAUGCAGAUGCAGGGCGGGGGCCUGGAGAUGCUCAUGCAGGAGGUGCAGGAGCUGAGGGAGACGCAGGGCAGGCUGGAGGAGGCCCUGGAGGGGCUGAAGGGCCACUACGCCAGAGACUACGCUCUCGUCACACAGGGCCUGCAGGAGGAGAGGUUCAGGUGUGAGCGUCUUGAGGAGCAGCUGAAUGACCUGACGGAGCUGCAUCAGAAUGAGAUCCUCAACCUGAAACAGGAGCUGGCCAGCAUGGAGGAGAAGAUCGCCUACCAGUCCAACGAGAGGGCCAGAGAUAUACAGGAGGCGCUGGAGGCGUGCCAGACGCGGGUGUCCAAGAUGGAGCUGCAGCAGCAGCAGCAGCAGGUGGUGCAGCUGGAGGGUCUGGAGAGCGCGGUGGCGGCGCGCACCUUACUGGGCAAGCUCAUCAGCGUCCUGCUGGCCCUCAUGGCCGUGCUGCUGGUCUUCGUCUCCGCCAUUGCCAACUGCGUGGUGCCCCUCAUGAAGACCCGAGGACGCUCCCUCUCCACCCUCCUCUUCCUCAUCCUCGUCACCUUCCUCUGGAAGAACUGGGAGCUGCUGACCAGUCCUGCCCAGGUCCAGCCCCUGGUCCACCUGCCUAGAUGAUAUCAUGCCCCACCUCCUGGAUGGAUGGAUGCAUCGAUGGAUAAUCUGAGGGGUAGUUUAUUAUAACCCACCCUUGGCAGAUGUGCAAGUGGUGGGCGGGGGGGGUGUCAUUGGUGGCAAGUUGGCCAGUGGUGGUACCUCACACACCCACAGUGUACCACCCCCUCCAAGUCUUCCUGCAAGGGGGCUGCAGCAAGGAUCUGAGCAUCCCAGAGCCAUCUAGCUCAGUUUGCCAAUCUGUUUACAAACCACGAAAGAGGCAAAAAACAAACUAGCGUUCCACUCUCUCUGGCACAAGGCAGUGUAUUUUGUCACUGCUUAUUUUGUUUCCUCAUAAUUUAUGUAGAUUAUACUUAUGAUAAUUAUUCUUAAUGAGGUUGUUAUAUUAUAUUAUUUUUAUGAUGAUAAUUUUAUUCAGUUCAAUGUAGCAAGACGUAAGCUAUCCUGUCAAAAGAGAGACAUUUUUUUUUGGCUGAUCAUGGUAUUUUCUCAGUGCCUUAACUGCCACAGAUGAAUUUUAAUCGCCUGCCGUCAUUGGUGGGGGCCAUUUGAUGAAUUUUGAUUGGCUGCCUUUGUGUAGUGGGGGCGCUGAAGAGUGAGUGGCUGCCUUCAUGGGGACUUGUGCCUUUUCAGCCAUGGCUGACAGCAAUAGCUACAGUAACCCUCAUGCCCAUCCUCACCGCCCAACGGAGGGAGAAGCACUCUGAGAAGAGGACGAGCAGGACUGAGUACCUGGAAAGGACAUGUGGUGCUUGAAUGAAGAGUGGCUUU